GCAAGCCCGCGCCGGCCCUCGGCCCGCCCCUCCGCCCGCCCCUCCGCCAUCUUUGCGCCCCGCCCCGCCGCUACCUCCGGGUCAGUUUCGCGCCAAAUUGUCCGGCAAGCAAAAUGGAGCCCGGAAGGAGGCCAGGAGGUAUGACGUCACGCACCCUGCCGCCAAUCCUCUUCGGCGGCCCGCUCUUGGGGGGCGGGACUCGCGGGCGCAGCACGGUCCAAUCGCUGGCCGCGGGGUCCCGGCGAACCAAUGAGGGAGCAGCAGCCGCGGCGUCCAAACGCUGCGUCUGGUUUUUCCCGCGAAAGGCGGCGGCGGACCGUGGCGGCUCGUCUCUUUGGUUCCAGGGAGCGCGGGAAGAGUGAGGUGCAGUCAUGUCGGGCUUCGACGACCCCGGCAUUUUCUACAGCGACAGCUUUGGGAGCGACAACGCGGCCGAUGAGGGGCAGGCCCGCAAGUCGCAGCUGCAGAGGCGCUUCAAGGAGUUCCUGCGGCAGUACCGAGUGGGCACGGACCGCACGGGCUUCACCUUCAAGUACAGGGAUGAACUCAAGCGGCAUUAUAACCUGGGGGAGUACUGGAUCGAGGUGGAAAUGGAGGACCUUGCCAGCUUCGACGAGGACCUGGCCGACUACUUGUACAAGCAGCCGGCUGAGCAUUUGCAGCUGCUGGAGGAAGCUGCCAAGGAGGUGGCUGAUGAGGUGACCCGGCCCCGGCCUGCUGGCGACGAGGUGCUCCAGGACAUCCAGGUCAUGCUCAAGUCGGAUGCCAGCCCGUCCAGCAUCCGUAGCCUGAAGUCAGACACGAUGUCUCACCUGGUGAAGAUCCCCGGCAUCAUCAUUGCCGCCUCUGGGGUCCGUGCUAAGGCCACCCGCAUCUCCGUCCAGUGCCGCAGCUGCCGCAACACCCUCACCAACGUCGCCAUGCGCCCCGGCCUGGAGGGCUACGCCCUGCCCAGGAAGUGCAACACGGAUCAGGCCGGGCGCCCCAAGUGCCCGCUGGAUCCGUAUUUCAUCAUGCCGGACAAGUGCAAGUGCGUGGACUUCCAGACCCUGAAGCUGCAGGAGCUGCCGGAUGCGGUGCCCCAUGGCGAGAUGCCCAGACACAUGCAGCUCUACUGCGACAGGUACCUGUGUGACAAGGUCGUCCCUGGGAACAGGGUCACCAUCAUGGGCAUCUACUCCAUCAAGAAGUUUGGCCUGACCGCCAGCAGGGGCCGCGACAGGGUGGGCGUGGGCAUCCGGAGCUCCUACAUCCGGGUCCUGGGCAUCCAGGUGGACACAGAUGGCUCCGGCCGCAGCUUUGCUGGGUCCGUGACCCCGCAGGAGGAGGAGGAGUUCCGGCGCCUGGCCGCCCUCCCCAACGUCUACGAGGUCAUCUCCAAGAGCAUCGCCCCCUCCAUCUUCGGGGGCACAGACAUGAAGAAGGCCAUCGCCUGCCUGCUCUUCGGGGGUUCCCGAAAGAGGCUCCCCGACGGCCUCACUCGCCGAGGAGACAUCAACCUGCUGAUGCUGGGGGACCCGGGGACGGCCAAGUCGCAGCUGCUGAAGUUUGUGGAGAAGUGCUCUCCCAUCGGGGUGUACACGUCUGGGAAAGGCAGCAGCGCGGCCGGCCUGACAGCCUCGGUGAUGAGGGACCCCUCGUCCCGGAACUUCAUCAUGGAGGGCGGGGCCAUGGUCCUGGCCGAUGGUGGGGUCGUCUGUAUCGAUGAGUUUGACAAGAUGCGAGAAGACGACCGCGUGGCCAUCCACGAGGCCAUGGAGCAGCAGACCAUCUCCAUUGCCAAGGCCGGCAUCACCACCACCCUCAACUCCCGCUGCUCCGUCCUGGCUGCUGCCAACUCGGUGUUUGGCCGCUGGGACGAGACGAAGGGGGAGGACAACAUCGACUUCAUGCCCACCAUCCUGUCCCGCUUCGACAUGAUCUUCAUCGUCAAGGACGAGCACAACGAGGAGAGGGAUAUGAUGCUGGCCAAACACGUCAUCACUCUGCACGUGAGCGCGCUGACACAGACCCAGGCUGUGGAGGGCGAGAUCGACCUGACCAAGCUAAAGAAGUUCAUCGCCUACUGCCGUGCGAAGUGUGGCCCUCGGCUGUCAGCAGAGGCUGCAGAGAAGCUGAAGAACCGGUACAUCAUCAUGCGGAGCGGGGCCCGUCAGCACGAAAGGGACAGUGACCGCCGCUCGAGCAUCCCCAUCACCGUGCGGCAGCUGGAGGCCAUCGUGCGCAUUGCUGAGGCCCUCAGCAAGAUGAAGCUGCAGCCCUUCGCCACGGAGGCGGACGUGGAGGAGGCUCUGAGGCUCUUCCAGGUGUCCACGCUGGAUGCCGCCUUGUCCGGCACCCUGUCAGGGGUGGAGGGCUUCACCAGCCAGGAGGACCAGGAGCUGCUGAGCCGCAUCGAGAAGCAGCUCAAGCGCCGCUUUGCCAUUGGAUCCCAGGUGUCGGAGCACAGCAUCGUCCAGGACUUCACCAAGCAGAAGUACCCGGAGCACGCCAUCCACAAGGUGCUGCAGCUCAUGCUGCGGCGGGGUGAGAUCCAGCACCGCAUGCAGCGUAAGGUCCUCUACCGCCUCAAGUGAGCUGCGCCUCCCGCCGCAGGAAUGCUGUUGCCACCCCACCUCCACCUCCCUGAGCCUCCCACGCGCUCUGGACAGGACCCCAGCUGCCCUGCCUCGCUGCCCCUGGCUUCUGCUUCAGCGUGCAGAUCCAGGAAAUGUGCCUUUGGAGUUUAUUGAAAUAAUAAAGCCGUGGUGUGUUUG